CAUUUUUUGCGGAAGCACACACCAACACAACUUAAUUUUUGUUUAUAUGUGUACACUUAACAUUACAAUGUCUUGAAGACGUUCAAUCCCUUAACAAUGUAUACAAAUACAGUUAAAUAGAACACUUUUUAUCAAUACAAAUAUGUAGAUUUAUCAAAAGUUUGAAGGUCAUGGCUGAACUUCUUACUACGAUACGUCCAUCGAUUACAAAUUCAAUCAUGGCAUUACAAUUUGUAACAUAAAACGGUUAAGGAAUUAUAGCGAUGUUUGGUACACCAUCAUUACAAGAAAAUCUCAGUUAUAAUUUUAUGUCGGAUGACAAUGCUUCAAAAUGGAAAGGUCAAUUUCUGCAUGCAUUACAAGAGGUUCAGCUUCAAGUUCAUCCAUCACUUAGUGCUAAAGAUGAUGCCUUAGAGUAUAUAGAAAAUUUGAUACUGAAUUUAUUGUCAAGCUUAUGUGCAUCGCAGCCUCACACAAAACAGGAUGUGGAAGACAGAGUUCACAAAAACUUCCCGGAUCCCAUUGAUAAGUGGGCGAUAAAGGAAGCACAAAAUGCCAUAAAGAAAGGAAAUAGAAAUAGUCCAUUGGUGUUGCCUGUUGAUAAGAUUCAUCAGCUUUUAGUGAGGGAAGUUCUUGGUUAUAAGAUAGACUUCCAGGUGACAGUGUACAUUGUUGCUGUUCUUGAAUAUAUAGCUGCUGAUAUAUUGAAGUUGACAGGGAACUAUGUACGGAACAUAAAGCACAAGGAAAUAACAUCGCAAGAUAUCAAAGUAGCAAUAUGUGCAGAUCAGGUAUUGAUGGAUAUGUUCUCUCAAGAGGAGGAGGUUUCCAUGCCAGAGUUAGAGGAACCAAUCAGACUGGAAUCUCUUACUUACGAAGAAAUUGUUAAAGAUUUUAUUUUUGAAGAGACUCAGUAUAUGAGAGACUUAAAUAUGAUUAUUAAAGUGUUCAGGGCUCCGUUUGUUAAACACUUUCCAACAAGUAAGGAUUUAGACGUGAUCUUCAGCAAUAUCUUGGACAUCUAUGAGUUUACAGCAAAUUUACUGAGUUCUGUAGAGGAACAAGUAGAACUUGCUGCAGAAAAUGCCAAACCAGAAGUUGGAAUUUGUUUUCAAGAUAUGGCUGAGGCAGAAGAAUUCAGUGUAUAUGAGAAAUAUGUUGAUGACAUGUUAGCCCCUCAUGGGAAAGAAAGGCUCAACAUACUGUUAAAAAGAGAUGAUCUCAGUAAAACAUUAGAGGUUGAGGGGCAUGGAUUCAAAGAUGCCAUGAAAUUUGUCUUGCCAAAACUUUUACUAGGACCCAUUUAUCAUUGUUUACAUUAUUUUGAAGUCAUAAAGGCUCUGAUGACUGCCAGUUCAAGUGAAGAAGAUGAAGAUUGUUUUAAGCAGGCAGAUGGCUUGUUGAUGGCACUUAAAACGAUGCUUGAAAGAAAAUUCAGUGGAAAUAUGCCAAAGAAAAAGCCAUGGGAAACGUCGUUACGAUUACAUGGCAGAACCGGGAGACAAGCAAUAGUACAGAAAAUGACAGAAUUACAAAAGAGUAUUGAUGGAUGGGAAGGAAAAGAUAUCUGGCAAAGUUGUAGUGAAUUCAUUUUAGAUGGUGUGUUGAACAAGUUCUCUACAAGAUCAAAAACUACAGAAAGAUAUGUGUUCUUAUUUGACGGACUAAUUGUUUUGUGUAAACAAAAUACACGAAGAUCAUCAGUCACAGGAGUACAACCAGAGUUUAGAUUGAAAGAAAAAUUCCAGAUCAGGAAAAUGGAAGUUGUUGAUCGAGAAGAUACAGAUGAUUGCAAGCAUGGAUUUGAACUUCAAUCAAGAGAUAGUCCCAGUCACUGUGUUCUUCUUAUGGCUAAAACUGCUGAAGAAAAAAGUAAUUGGAUGGCAGCUUUGAUAUCUUUACAAACUAGAAGUAUGUUGGAGAGACGAUUAGACAGUAUUUUGAGAGAAGAAGACCUUAUGCAGCCAUUACAACUGCCACCUCCACAAAUCUACAGAUUCGGUGAAAAAGAUUCAGAAUCCAAUAUUGUGAUGGAAGAUAAAGAGAAAAGACAUAAUCCAACAGAAAGUCCAUUAAUCAAAGGUGGAUUACUGCUGAAAUUGAUAGAACGGUUAACAUACCAUAUGUAUGCUGAACCUAAGUUUGUUCGGACAUUCCUAACUACAUACAGAUCAUUCUGUUCUCCUCAUGAACUCCUCGAUCUUCUUGUUGAAAGGUUUAAUAUUCCUGAAAGCCAUAUUACUCAAACUGAGUCCAAAGAUAAUGAAGACGUGAAGAUUCAGAGCAGAAACGACAUGCUGAAAAGAUUCCGAAAAGAAUAUGUUAAACCUGUUCAAUUCAGAGUUGUAAAUGUAUUACGACAUUGGGUUGAUCACCAUUACUAUGACUUUGAGCGUGAUACUUCAUUAAUUCAUAAACUGAAGGAGUUUCUUGGUAAUGUGAAGGGAAAAGCCAUGAAAAAGAUGGCAGAAUCAAUAAUUAAAGUCAUUCACAGACGGUUUGAGAGUAUGAGUACAGAAAGGGAGUUAACUCUUCAAAAACAGCCACCACCAGUGGAAUGGCAUAUAACUAAAAAGAGAGAAGAGUUUCAUUUAAUGACGCUUCAUCCGAUAGAAAUAGCUCGACAGAUUACAUUGUUAGAAUUUGAUUUGUACAGAGCUGUUCAGCCGUCAGAAUUGGUAGGCUGUGCUUGGAUGAAACAAACCAAACAUAAAACUGCUCCUAAUCUCCUAAAAAUGAUCAGCUUUACGAAUAAUUUCACAUUUUCUUUGGAGAAGUGUAUUAUUGAAUCAGAAAAUUUAGAAGAAAGAGUUGCUGUUGUACAUAGAAUUAUAGAAAUUUUGUUAAUAUUUCAAGAACUGAACAAUUUUAAUGGUGUUCUAGAAGUGGUUAGUGCAAUAAAUUCUGCUCCAGUUUACAGACUGGAGAAAACUUUUGAGGCAGUUCCUAAUAGGUUGAUGAAUGCUUUUGAAGAAGCUAGACAACUGAAUUCGGAUCAUGGCAAAAAGUACAUGGAAAAAUUAAGAUCCAUAAAUCCUCCUUGUGUUCCCUUUCUUGGUAUGUAUCUGACAAAUAUUUUGAAGAUUGAGGAAGGAAAUUUAGAUUUUUUACCCAAUCGUCCUCCUGGGUUAAUCAAUUUCAGUAAGCGACGGAAAGUAGCAGAAAUCACAGGAGAAAUUCAACAGUAUCAAAAUCAACCAUAUUGUUUGAGUAUUCAGCAAGAUAUAAGGGAAUAUCUUGAGAGUUUAAAUCCCCGUGAGGAAUUGUCAGAGAAAGAAUUUAAUGAUUACUUAUAUGAGAAAUCGUUAGAGAUAGAACCAAGGAACUGUACAAGGCCUCCAAAAUUUGCAAGAAAAACAGACUAUCCAUUGAAGUCACCAGGAAUCAGACCCAUUACAGCAAAACAUUUAACACAGAAACAUGCAUCAUUUCCAUUUAACGCAACAUUUGGUUCAAUGAGAGAAGAUGCGACUGAUGUAGAAGCAUCCUCUCCGCAUAACACAACACCAUCAACCCCUACCACACCUCUGUCACCGCCACACAAUGGAGACAGUGUGUUCUUACCAGUCACAAUCGGCCAAGGCAUAGACCACAGUACAAAUCCAUCACAAAAUAAUGAAUUUCCAGAAAAUGAAUUACCAAUGGAUGGACUUUUACCACCCCCACCAUUACCGCCACGGAGGAAAAAUCGUGAUAGUGAAGACGGUUCACCAAGAAUUGACAAUGCUCCAGAAAUCCCUCCUAGGGGUCUGCCGCCUCCCGUUCCUCCUCGCAAAGACUCAAUGUUUGGCUCACUUACACGCUGUCAAAGUGUAUCACAACAGCCAACGAGGCAUUUAUCUGGUCAUUUUCAGAACUUAAAUGCAACAUUACCACGGUGUAGUGCCAUGGAAAGGGAAUCACGACCAUCAAUACCAAUAAACUUUAACGGUGAAGAAGAUAUUUCAUUGACAACUACUCCUAAACUGCCGCCAAAGACUUAUAAACACAUUAGACAACAGAGUAGCUAGAAUAUGUUGUUGUUCAUUUCAAAAUCUUCAGAGAGUCUGGAAUGGAGUUUCUAUCAUGAAUAAAGUGAUUGGAUAAUAAUUUACCAAAGAAUGGUGUCUGUUGAUAUGGGAUAUUCUCUGGCAGAAUAUAAAAAACAGCUGUGCUGCUAAUUUCUUUGCUUAAAUAAGACGUGUCAUCGUAUGAUACAAAUCAUUGUGAUGUAUUCCAGUGUUUUGACCCAAAUACAUUUAGCUAGUGCUACCUGAGCUAGUAAAUUUGAUAAUCAGACGUUGCUUAUUAUAGCAACAAAGAAAUGCAAUAUACACUUGUGUGCGUGUGUGAGUGAUGUUGACAAUGAUGAAAGACAUUUCAGGGAUGGGAAUAUAGAAAUAUGUUAUACACAGGUGAAACUUUUUAUGGCAAAACAUUUGUAGAUAAAAAUGAGUGAUGGAAAGGAAGGGUUGUACUAUGUCACUUUGCACUGUUAGACAAUGGUAUCUUUUCUCCAGUACCUCUAUGUACUGUUACAUUACUAUUCCAGAAGGCAAACAUUUACAGCAGAAACCAGGCAUGUGUGAACUGAAUUCUUGCAACUUGCCAGUUUUCAUUUGUAGUAUUAUCAAUGGCUAUUUGAUAAAUUGUUAGGCAUUAAGAUUAAUAUUGUAUGAUGAAGGACAUGAUUCAUGUGGCUUUGCCUUAGAUUUAUAUUAUCUGCCAUAGCAGUUUUGGAUUCCAGCAAAUUUAAAUAUCUCUUGAUGAAAUUGAUAAAUUGCCCACUUGCCAUUCUUGCAGAAAAUUUUAAUUAACACAUGAAUGCUUUCUGGUUAGAAAUGAAAAUACAAGUUAACAAAUUUUAUUUCAAAUGGUCUUGCUUAUUUAGAUUUAUAUCAAGCUUUUUGAAAGAAUGUUUAGUUUUAUAAAGAGCAGUCUCAAAAAGGUAGUUGUUAAACCAAAGUUACUCAAGUGAAACUUAGGUAAAAUCUAAGGUAGUAAUAUGGAUCAAGCAUUCAACUGAUCAGUAUUGCCUUCAAUAUCCAACAAUUGCUUAAAUAGGUUUAUAUCAAAUUAAACUGAAGAGUUGCAGGAAAUUGGUUUAACGCUUGAAUGGUUUUUGCUGUAAAUCUGCAUUUUGUUAUGAUUAUAAAAGGAUCUCAACCUGAAUAAAUAUGAAAUAUUUGACAGUGCAUGUUAUGAUAUGCAAUGGAUCGAUUGAUCAGACUUUUCCAAUGUAUUUAAUGAAUUGCAUAACAUGAGAUUAAUUCUUCUUAAAUCUUGCCUUUAAAAUUUUCCUGGUAAAAAGAAUGCCUUCUGAAAUAAUCUAUAGUAUUGUUAUGUUCAUUGUUGUCAUUUUUGUGUUAGAAUGUACAAGAGGUCCAACAAUGUAGAAAUUUGUAUUAAUUGGAGAAAAGAUAUCAUUGUUAUAUUACUCUGGAAAUAUGGCAUUAUGGGUAUUUGUUUUACUUUUAAAAUCUGGUAAAAGAAUGUUUUUAUGAAGUUGUCACAAUGUCUUCCAUUUCGUUCAUCAGUUAACAUUUCUGUUAACAAAAUACCAGCUAACAGAUAGAGAUAAAAUAUGAUCUUUAUCUAUUUAACAUCAUUUCAUUUGAUCAUUUUUUCAGUUUCAGUCAUAUUAAAGAUUUUCAUUUCCUGUUUUUGAUUCCGUAAAGUAAGGAAUUUAAAGAUUGUUUGUAAAUAUGUUAAAGCUUUAUUGUACAAUGCCAUAUUUCCAUUGUGUUGAACCAGCUUGUCCACGUCAAGAAAUGGCCAAAGAUUAUUGCCAAAGAUUUUUAUUCUGUAGCAGAAAAAUGUGAUAUUAUGAUUUUAAAGUGCUUUUAACUCUUUGUUGUUUAUUUUAUUGAUAAGAAUCUGUCUGGCAUAGAUAUUGUUUACUGCUAAACUGCUGGCGAUGUCACUGUUUGCAUAUUUUUUUUUAGUACUAUUAAGUUUUGCUUUCAGUUUAUAUUUGAAAUAUUGCAACAAGAUUGAAAACUCCUUUGCUACCAAUGACCUUAACCUUCACAUAUUUUUGGAUUUUGCUGAUUCAAUAUUUAAGAUUCUGAAUGCAAAGAAUUAUUUUUACAAGCAUAAAGAUUUUUCAUGACUAAUGAAAGCAUCUGUCAGAGAGAAUGGUCACUGUGACCUAUAUUUCAUGUGCCCUAAUUUCAAAAACAAUGAAUCUGUGCUAUAGGUUAAUUCACUGAAUGAAUUUGGUUCACUAGAAAAGGCAUUGCAUUAUUUAGUGUCAUCUUAUCUGGAUGGAUAUAUAGGUCAACACUGAAGGAAAAUUUGGUCAGCAUUUCUUAAUUUCAGGCUCUUAAAGACUUCAGGGAAAUAUCUCUUCCUAUAAAAGGUGAAAUACACAUUCAUAUCUUUCUAUAAAAUAGUUUAUAUACUUCAAAAAAGGUUCCAGUUGGAAAAAAAUUAUCCAAUUAAGUCCAAUACAAAAAAACAAGAUAGGACAACAAAAACACAUUUUUCAUCUAAACAGUGAGAAUACAUUUGGAUUAAAAGAAACGAUUGAAAUUCAUUCUUCAAUAGUCAAUUGACCCUGUAAUUAAUUGAAGAUCCUUUUUUUCAGUUGUCUCCCUAGGAUGGACAGAAAUUUUCAUUGACAAUGUAGAUCUAGCGGAAAGAGCAAAUUUGUAUGUGUGUAAUCUUUUUCAAAUCUUUUAAUUACAUUUAAUUUUAUUUUGAGCUAAAAAAAAUUGAUACCCGUAGAUAUUUUUAGCUGCAAAUUAGUUGAAAAGCUGAUAUAUAACUUUCAACUUAUCAUACUUGGAAUGGGCAGAAGCCUGUUUUGUCCAGUAUAGAACCUGUCUACGAUUGAAAAAGGGAAGCAAUUUGUGUUAUAAGUGUGUAAUAACAGAUUCAAAUUGGUAACUGGCAAAUGGACUAUUGGAAUACCUUGAAGUCAAAUAUAUUUAAAUACAAAUUGAAAAAUGUUAUCAGAUAAACUAAUUUACUGCAAUCUGUAUUUACUGGUCAACAUUGUCUUCCAAUAUAAAAUUUUCACACAUUACUACAAAGAAACCAAUUAAGUUACCAUGAGAACUGCACAUAAUAUAUAUUUAAACCAUAAUCUUUAUGAUUAAUGAAUAACUAAUUCAAAGUCAUUGGUAGCAUCAACUCGUUUUGAAUAUGCACAAAAUAUUUGCCACUUAACAUUCUGCAAACUACAAUCAAUCAAUAUUAACAACCCCGGUUACAGGAUUUUUCUAACAGUUCUUUAUAAAACACAGAGAAGUCUAUGUCAAAAUUUAGCUUUACAAAAUAUUUAGUCUUUAAUAAAGUUUUAUAUUGAACACAAAUUUUUGAAGCCAAAAAUUAUUAUUUUGUAUCAAGAAAAGAAUUUGAUUUUUUUUUAUAGUUUCUUCAGACCUGUAGACAGGAAGUACAGUUAUUGUUUUGAUAUUUUGUAUGUUUAUUUAAUUGUAAUUUUCAUAUUUCCUUUUACAUUUUUGUAGGAGUUUAUUUUAUACAAUGGAAUUUUGUCAUAAUGAAAACUGGUCAGUUGUUUGAUGUGGACUCCUAGUACAGCUGGUUUUGAAAUAUAUUUGUUUUAGUGACAAGUCAUCUUAUAGAAAUAUGUACCAGACUGCAUCUUAAUCGUUUAAACAAAAUCCCCAAGGAUUCAUUUUUUUCUUGAAACGUACUUUGAAAUGUACAAUACUUUGCAGUUUUAUUCAAACAGAGCAGUUCAUUAAUAAUAACAAAACACAUGUUCAUUAUCCUCGAUUUUUCAAAACCAUUUAUUCCUUCUAAUAAAAAGAGGCCAUUUCAAAUACACUUGUCCCAAUCUUCUUAUGAACUGGACUACUCAUCUUAUACACUGGUGAAAUAUCGUAUAGACCUUCUGUAACUUAUACUGAUAACAAACCUCAUAAAAAAAAACUGUAAUAGUAAACCAUGAUUUUCCUUCCAAAACUACCCAUAUUCCAACCUAUCCAUUAUAAGAAGAACCUAUACAUAAGUCAUAUUACAAGUGGGGCGAGUUAGCAGUUGAAAAUCUUUAUUCCGAAGACGUUAACAGAAUUCGUGACAACUGGUGUUUUCUUAAAUUCUUAUGAACUUAUUAUAUUCCAGCUAGCAUAAUAUAUUUUAUGACCAAAGAAUUUUCAUCACUGUUCAUCUUUAGCCUUUCUAUACUAUCAGAUCAAUUAUAGCAGGAGUAAAAAUGUAUAUAUACAUUGAAGAUGAUAUUAUACAAAACACCAUUCACUUUGUUCAUUUUAGAUAAAAAAAAUAACAUUGCCAAUCUUUUCACCCUUGCAAUGUUUUUCUGACAUUUGAACCAUUUUGUCCAUAAUUUCUGAAAUUCACAAUUUAUUUAAAUUUGAAUCAUCCUUUAAUUACUUCUAAAAUUCACAUGACUAAUAUAACCAUCGUUAAAUGGGUUCCCGUCUUCCAUUUAAGGAAUAAAUGUUUUAAGACACAGUCUGGUACAUGAUUUUGUGUGAUACAUUUAUCCAGUGCAAUGCCACAGUAAUGUCAGCAGUGGUUUUUUUAUGUUUUGAAGACUGCCUUAUGUGAUUGUUUCAUAUCAAUAAAAGUUCUUCACAACAUCAAUAA